GCUUCAGUGUCUGAUCGUCAUCGGUCGUUACCACUAGUAUUACACAGAGUGCUACAAAAUGAUGCUGAAAGCUAUUGUUUUCGCCACACUGGCUGUGGCUGUCCUGGGAGAUGACUUCUCAUUAGGUGAAGACAAGAGGGUGCAGAUGCGGGAAAUACUCAGAGAGUACUGCAAGAAGAACAACGCUGAAGACAAAUUCGAAGAUGUCCAGAACGCAGGUAAAGUUUUCAUCGACUGCUUGAAGGGAUUGGUCAACGUAGAAACACUCCAGAAUGAAAUUGAAGAGGCCAAGCCUAACGGCGCUCUCGAUGAGGUCUUCAAGAAGUACUGCGCUAAGACUCCUCAGCUGAAGACUUGCAUCCAGAAUCUGUUUGACGGCAUGUCGCCCUGCUUGAGUAACGAGGCCCGCGAGAAACUGCCCGUCGCGAUGAAUGGCACCACCCAGCUGAUUGACUUCGUCUGUUACAAGGAUGGUGACAGGAUUGCCCUGUUCAUCGCGGAAGGUGGACCUCAGUGCUUCCAGAGCAAGGCUAACGACAUCAGAGAAUGUGGAGCCAAAAUCAAGGAAAGCUUCCCCUCAAUCGAAGCCGCCAAAAGCUUAGGUCUUGCGGGUACGUGUGGUAAAUGGGACGAGGUGACGUCUUGUAUUGUGAACAAACUGGAAACCUGUGAGACCCCCACUCCCGGCAACAUGGCGGAAUCUCUCUUCAACUUCGUACGCAGAGCAACACCUUGUAACACUGUUGAGAAAAAGAACUGAUUUAGCUGCCGAGUUGGGUGAUCAUACAAGUGCCAAUAAUAUGUAAUAAAUGUUAGAAAACAUUUUCAUAAUGUAACUUUAAAUACAUUAAUAAUGUAAGCCCAAUAA